AUGGCGUUCACGUUUUUCCUGGAAAGACAGAUACCGCUUCUGCUCGCAGAAGCAUGCCGUACGUGGAAAUGUACAGGUGUAUCGUUUCCCGCCAGGACCGUUGGCACCUCGGCAACUCAUCGACGGCUUACCACUUCUGCCUUCAAGACGUCGCAGCCUGCUCCGCCAUCCCCGAGUGAUGACAGGUACAUCCAGCUCCAAAGCACGGACGAUGUCGGUAAGGUAACGCGUACUCAGUCGGUGGUGGAUAUAACGGACGACAACGCUGACGUCAGCGGCCGGGUGUUGAGUCAGAAGGAAUUUUUGGAAGCCAAGCGAACACGUUUUGUCACUAAAGAGGAAUACGACCAAUUAAAACCACACGAGGUGCGAAAGCAUGUGAAGGCUACCAUGAAGCCCGCCGACCUGGAGGCGAAAUACGGAAAGAAGCGGGCAAAAAAAAUGAUAAAGCGUCAAAUGCUGGCCGAACACGGCAAAGUAACCUGGAAUCCACGCGAACCAGUUGCGGAGUCGCACAUCAAAGAAUUCAGCGUGGACGACAUCGACAUUGAGCGCAGGCCGCGGGUAGAACAGUUCCAUUUUUUGAAUAAGUCCAUUUACGACAUGACCGAGGAGGAAUUCUACAGCUCAUUCUUUCGUGACCGUGAGAGAAAAUUCGACGGCAUGGGCAGCAAACUUCGGAACCUGGAAGCGCAGUUGCUCAAAGAGCAGCAGGAAGCGCUACGCGACUCUCCGAAGACUCGGAUCGCGCCCAAGGCAUACUGGAUGAAACCUAACUAUGUGUCCCCAACCCCGGACGAGGUGGCCGCAUUGAAUUCACUGGAUCUGCGUUUUGUCAUGAUGAAUGAAGCCCGCAAAUCCAUUGCCACAUGCAACAUCGAUGAUAAGGUGUGGGAGGCAUUUUUGACGCGGGUUAACACCAUUGCCGCUAACGUCUGCAUCCGGUCCUUGCUGCGCUUUCUCCAAAUCGUCUCGAAGGUCCAACUCACCCCGACGGAUCACGUGCGUGCCUUGGUCGACCACAUCCAUCGGCGCCGAGCAGAGAUGAAACCCAAGCAUUACGUCUUUCUGUUCCAGGCAUUGGGCAGGCUGCGGCUGCGUGAUCAGCGGCUGUACGACGACCUAUACGAGAUGGUGCUGUGCUGGCCCGUGCUGCGUAACAAUUUCUUGGUAAAGGCUGCCAAUUCGCUCGCGAAGCUUGGGGUUUGCGACUCGUUGCUGCUGCAGCCUCUGCGUGAUGUAAUGGCGAAGCGCAUCGAGCAUUUUUCAGCAACCGACUGCACACGUAUGAAGGCCAUAACUGUACUCGAAAUGUUCGGCGAUGACAUGAUUCUGUCAUUCCUGGAGAAAUGCGAGUACCACCGGCAACACUUCCGCCACUACACGCGCCACCUGGAGGUUAUCGAGUUGUACAUUCGUCUGUUCAAAGCGGAAGUAUAUGCCCGUAUGGAUGACGCCACUAAACAGUUUCUCAUCGACGUUCGGCAGCAGACGUUGGCCAAGAAGCUGGCCGAUGCCACGUUGGCACCUAUCGCGGCUGAUGAGCCCAAUGCAGCCAUAGCAGAUGAAGGAGAAGACGACCAUUCGGAUCAAGAUGUGCCCGGCUUGCGCGACUCAGCUGCUGAUGACUCCGGUACUACCACAAAGACCUUCCACUGCCCGUACCACGAGGACGUGAGCAGGGUGCUUACGCUCAUCGGCGUGCCUCAUCGCAACUACAUGAAGGCUGGACCUUUCAUUCUGGACGUUUACGAGCCUAAGUCUAACACCGUCAUCGAGAUAAAUACCGAGCACCAAUACUACCACGGCACUACACACCUCACUGCUAUGGCUCGCAGGCGCCACGAGCUGAUCGCGGGCAUGGGCUUCCGUCUGCUACACAUCCCGUACCGGUGGUGGCGGCAAUUGCACGGUGACGAGGCGAAGGCGUCGGCGCUGCAGGAGCAUCUCUGCCUGGUCUCGUGA